ACACUUCGAAUGACUAUUCGAUCACGUCUACGAAUUGUUCCUUUUUCGAAUAACAGAAUAGCACCGAAAAACAAGCUAUGGCUGUGAGUACUUGUGAAUAUAAUGCAGAAGUGUCUAUAUUGUCAUCCACUAUUCGUAUGACUACGAGUGCAUAUUGUUUUACCCAUAUACAGAGACGAUUUACAAUGAGUUUUACAUGGCAGACUUAAAAUUUCUCUUAUAGAGCCCCUGAUUGGAUCGAUAUAUUUUCACACACUAACAGGAAGCCGCGAUAGAAUUUUUUCAAAAUCUUCACGAAAAUAACGAGCAAUUUGGCUAAUGGAAAAAAAAAUUGAUCUAACGGCCGCAUAUAAUAAUUUGAAAGAAAGGGAGAAUAGCGGCAAUUGAUUGAUUCCGUAAAAUUCAUUACUUCGCUCGCGCCUCUCUAGGGUCUAGUUAUAGAUUUGAAUGGCGUUGGGACCUCCAUUACAGACAGGCUAGAGAAAAUUGAAGAGAACGACGUCUCGUAGUAAAACAAUCUUACUUGUCAUAGAUCUUAAGGAGAGUGAGUAAUACGCCGACGGAGAAAUAGAAAAUGCUGCCCGGUGAAAACAAGUUUCGCUUCUCCUUCCUCACAUGCGGCUUAAUUUUGAGUCUAGUGACGAUUUAUGGAUCCGGAUACUGCGCUGCUUUGAAUUACACUCUCUAUGAUAUACCGGAAGAGGACGAGCUGGAAAAGGGUUUAGCCGAUUGCUUGAGCCAUCUGAUCGGCACUACGAAUUGGCGUACCUUGACCUUCUUGAUGAUCGUCAAUGACACGAGCAAGCAACCUGCUAAUCUUCUGAAGAGAUCCACAUUUGAUCGAUGCCUCGAAAAAGUUCUGGAGAGCAUACAGAUGGAGCGCAUGGAGGCCCAUGCGAAGAUAAUCAUCUGCCUGAAAGAGCGCACGAAAAAUCCUGAAUCAAUUGCACGACUCUCGAUGAGGACGUCGGAAAUUCUCUGGAGAGAAAAUAAGAUGAAUGUAAUAAUGCUAGUGAAGGUGGAGAACGGACUUAUCGCAGCGUUGACGUAUCGUCCCUUUGGCACGAAUUGCAAGCCAGCACGUUUCGAAGUGAUUAACUGGUGGGAAGGGGGUAGAUUCCUCCUUAAAAACAAAAUAUUCCCUCAGAAAAUGAAAAAUCUUAAUAAUUGUACUCUAGAUUACGCCCUCAUUACGAACGACGCGAUAGGAUUGUCUAUGGUCGGAAAAUUAUUCGAUAACGAGGAAAGUACAUUGAACGCAGUAGGCUGGAAAAUCAUUAGCAUCAUAAUUGAUCGGAUAAAUUUGAAGCUGCGAUUGCUUCCAAAGAAAAUAAGGUCUGACAAGGAUAUGAGGAGGGAAGUUAAGCGCGACACGUUAAUUCUAUCAUUCUCUGGGACCAUUCCCACCCCUGACAAACUGGACACGCUCGAUUUCCUGCCUGGUCACAUGGAGGACUCCUUCGUGAUCGCUUACUAUGACAAUUUUACCGCAGUUCACUUUUGGAAGAACGUCCUUCUGCCUCUUGACGGUUCUGUUUGGUUAAGCAUCGGACUCAGCUUCCUGCUCCUGGCUAUCGUCAUUCAACUGAUCUCUUACUGCCACGACAUCGACUUGAUAAACGAAAGAUAUGACUUUCUCUCGAGUAUCGCAAUAUUUCUGAGGACUGGCGGAUCUUUGCCGUCCUCCAACUUGGGUCGGACUGGCUUCGUCGCGUGGUCAUUACUCUCCUAUCUAAUCACGGCAGCCUAUAACAGUGGAAUGGUCAGUCAUCUAACGGCACCUGAACUUGAGAGAGGAAUAGCAACCUUCGACGAACUCCUAAAGUCAGAAAUGAUCCUCGCUGGUACAGAAGUUCAUCGUAGUUUUUAUGAGGAUCAGUCCGAUCCUAUGACCAGAAAGAUAUAUGAGAACUUCAAAGUGUUCGAUUCAAAUUCAGAGGGUUACAGGAAUCUGUUCUUCGCUGGGGAGAUAGCAACAGGAAUCCUCGAGUCAUACGCGUCAUUCUUCAACAGUAAAAUAAGUAAUGGUACGAUACGCGUUUUAAAGGAUAAAAUUUUCACCUUCCAUUCGCCGAUAAUCGUGACAAAGGGUUCACCAUUAGCUUCGGUCGUCUUCAAACACUUGUUGCGAGUCUUAGAAGCUGGAUUCGAUGAUUACUGGACCAACAGAUGCAGGUGGGAAUUGGCCAGAAACGAAACAGGAGAGGAUGUCAAGAAGUACAAGCCGCAGGACACUAGAACAAUCACGGUUCAACAUCUCGAAGGAGCUUUCUUUAUUUAUUUUACUGGUCUUGGCGUGAGUCUACUUGUCCAUCUUGCUGAACAUCUCAAUCACAGAUACAUUUUUCGCAUUCGUCGAAACUUUAUGCGUUGGUUCUGGACACUGGUGCAAUAAUAAUGGUCUUGAUUUUCCAGUGUCACUACUCUUGCACG